GUAAUAUCCAUGUUAACGUUUUACUCCUACUGAGGUUUCUCAACAUCAUAGAAGUAAUAAAUUCUGCAUAAACCUGAGAGGCGCAUAUAAAGAAACCUGUAUUUUAUGAAAAUAUAAUACAGAAUGCAUAAAAUUGGAGGAACCUCUGGAUGUCCCAGGGCAAAGCUAUAUGGGAAUCAGCAGACUUCUGUUGCAUCUUGGUUAAAUUCCAGUCUACAAGAGACGCUACUACCAGGGAAGCCAUGGCAUAAGGUUUUAGACAAACUUGGAGCAGCUUUUGCUGAGAAAGUAAAGCCCCAACUGAGGAAUCCUAAACAAAGACAAAUGAUUUUUCAUCUCCUUGGCCAGCAUUUCGUUAAAAAAUAUUUUAGCGAAUAUCCUAAUCAACCUAGUCUACUGUCUUCAACAAACAUGAGUGAGCGAGAUUGGGAAACCUUGGAAGAAACAACAAAGAUUUGGCUAAACGAACAGUGCUUAAAAGCUGCAGAGCAAGUUUGCUGUCAGUUCAGACUUGUAGAUAAUAACUUUGCCAGACUGGCUCCAGAAAUGGUGCAUUUUCUUAAUGAUACGUACAACAUUGUAGCAACAGAGAUGGAGUUGCUGUUGGCUGCACAUGAAUCACGGCAAAAGGAAGAAGAUUCAUUUGAUCAUCAGUCUUCAUUGGAACAGAGCUCUAACCAGGAAUCAGUUGCGAAGAAAAGCCCAAAUUCUGUUGAAAGCAAAGGCAUCGAUUUAGCCGUAGUCAGAGAAUCUAUUUUGCAAUUAAAUGAAAAAGAAAAGAUGCAUAUUGGCACUGAUAUACACUCAUGUGUUCUAAAUUGCUCAGAAAGUAAUAUAUUAGGAAAAUCUGUCUGUGCCAUAAUUUCAGUAGAUGGUGAAACUAUCUUAACAGUAUGUAGAAGGCUAAGUGGAAAUCUACUUCCAAAGACACUACGACAAUUUAUAUGGACAGAUAAACUCCUAAAAUCAAACACAAAAAUCCCCAACACUGAAAGAAUAAUAAAUAUCGAGAGAGAAGCUAGAGUGAAAUUUGGACGGACAGUGGAGCACCGAAUUGCUGAACUAAAACUUAAAAGUGCUACUCAAUCGCCAAUUUCAGGCCUUAUUGAAAAUGCAGUAGUGGAGAAAUAUGACAAGACACCUUGCAUGCAUUAUUUUGCCUCAAAUGAACAAAUGAUUCUAGAAACCCACAAGACUUUAAAUGUCCUCUAUGUUUUCAAUGGCACAUAUGAACCCUACCUGAUUCACUGGCUCUUUCCUUUGCAAAUGGCAUUUAAGCAAACAACACCAACAGCCGAACAUCCCUAUGAGUUGGCUAUGUACCUAUAUUUCCUGCAUCAAAAUUUAUUCCCAUCAUGGGUAGAAAUCUUUGCAAUGGCUGAGUGGGUGAUGAGCAUUCUGGAAAGAGAAGACACUGAAUUCUUUGAUCAUCUUCAGCAGAGCUUCAGAAAGAAUAUUACAAUGGACCCAAAAGAUUUCUUGGUAGAACUGAUAGUUCAAGAAAGAGGCAAGGCUCAAGAACUGUAUGCCACUGCAGAUAGAUCUGAGCAGAAACAGCAUCUAGCCAAAGAGUUACUGGGAAGUCCAGUAAUUUUCCUGAGAAAAUGGAUGGGUGAGGGCUUUGUGAGUGCAGUGGAUUUUCCUGUAGUGUUGUUGAUUUGGGAUCAAUUAUAUAUGCAAGACUGGAAUCGAAAGGUGAUGGAGAAUUUCUGUCUCUCGAUCCUUAUGUUGUUAAAGGAUUCCCUGAUGGCUGCUGAUGAUUAUCCAGCCAUGAGAGAGGUGUUUUUGUUUCAUAGUUGUCAGCUUCUAACAGCUGAUAUUCAAAUAGCCUGGAUUCACCUACAGCAAGGUGGUUUACCAUCUGACAUCCCUGGGCUUAGCAGGAUGAAUCAAAGGCCAUUUGCUGAUCUGUCUCCCAGGCACAGCUCAGUGAAAGCUGGAAAAGUUUUUCAUGGCUUCAGGGAAAUUUUGCCUGUUGGUGUGAAGGAUGUUUUAUUGAAGUUAGUUUUACCAGUACCUCAGGUUGAGAUAACACACACUGAAACUUGGUUGAAAGAGUUUGAUCCUCUUGCUGUGAGCUUAACAGUUUCAAUAUUUUAUGGACUUGAAAAGCUGCCUUCCAAGUCUAGCUUUUCUAAACCCUCUAUUAGACGGAUAACCAAAGGAACAUUGACGAAAAAACAUGAAGCCACUGAAUUUGCUUUUCAAUUUGAUGAAUCAUUUGCCUUUGAUUCUCUGGAUCCAUCUGAGUUUGUAGAUGUGACAGAAGCUAAACCCUAUAUGGUAUUCAAGGUAGUUUACAAGUCUGAAGGAAAAGACUCGUUGACACUUGGAUGGCAAAAAGUGGAUGCUUUUCAGCAAGAAACUAGAAAUACUAGAACUAUUUGGGCACCAAGAGAGUUUUCUGCACUUGUUCCACUGCAUACUGGGAAAGUUGCUUACAAUAUUCUGGAUUACUCUUUGGUUCAUGACUCAAAAGAUUCUGCCCAGGGUUCUUCAAACAUCCAGCUCACCAUUUAUGAUGUAUGGAAAGAAAGGCACAGACAGAGAAACAGCCAAGUAAAGAGAGAAAGGUUUGAAGAGCCUUGUUUUCUGUGUGUACCUUGGGUUCCUUUUAAUUCCUCUACAGUAUUACCAAAUCCUGUUUCAGUAAACCAUCCAUUUGAUCUGUAUGUAGAUGCCCUCCAUUAUAUCCCUGAUAAUGCAACAAUAACAAAGGUAACUGGGCAAAUCAGGAAUUCAGGGCUGACUAAGUUGCCUAAUAUUACAGCAUUUCCACUUCUUAAUAGUCCAUCUCGAAAUCCAAAAUUCCAGUACCGAAUGAUAUUAAAUGGAGAUGAGACAAAAGUCAUGGAUGUCAAUGCAUGUGUUUUUUUCCAAGUUCAUACAGUAGACAUAGAUUCUGGAGAUCUUCUUAUAAUAGGAAGCUCUAUGAUCCGUGUGUUUAACAAUGAUGGGAAUCUAAACGUAGGAGGAUUUCAACUAAAACUAAGAGGAGGCAUGCCAAGCAAGGGACCAGCAGCUCUUAUACAAACAACAUUAGAUCAGUAUCCAGCCAUUCCCUGCUGCACAGUACUAAUUCGAAUGUUACCACACACACAGUUUUCAGUGACUGCACCAAGCUACUUGACAGGAUAUUACUUCUCAGAUGAUGCAAAGCCCAAUAAUUCAGAGCUAGAGAUCAUAUCGAGCUUUCAAAAGGACAACAGCUUCCCAAAACUUGUACAAGACAUGACUACAUACUUAACUGACAAAGAACAAAGCAGAGUUACACUUGACCGUUUGGAAACCUGGUAUGUGGAAAGACUAGAUGAAACAAAAUAUCUGCUACCACAACAGCUUCCAAAGUACAUCAACAUACAUCAUGCAGUCCGUUAUCGGCAGGAAGCAGGCAUCCGCAUAAAGGUCAAACAAGCUUUUGGACUUAAAGCUGAUGGCUAUUAUGUAAAUGUGUUAGCCAGAGUCCUUAAGGGAGCUGCAAGCAUGCAUUUGCCUGAGUUACCUCAACAGUGGGGAGGAGAAGAAAAAUUCCUAACAUGCCAACUUGAUUUCACAAGUCAGCAGAGAUCACCAAUCUGGACUGAUCCAUCUGUGGUGCUACACCCUUAUCUUGAUGCUCACUGUGUACUAUUAGUUCAAGUGUAUGGCUUGAAUGCUGUUUAUGUUCCAGACCCAAGUGGACAAAGGCCAGGAGAAGUAAUAGCUCGUCCUGGCCAGGUCCUGGACCUUAACGCACAAUCACAGUUAGGAUGGACUGUCAUUCCGCUCUUUGACAGAGGCUACGUGUGGUGUGGGGUGCACAGUGCUCCAUUGUUUCAGGGUUCUCCAAGCAUAGGUUCUCUGCUCCCUUCCCCAGUACAGAAGAGAGAAACGAUCAAAAUAAAAACACAACCCCAUAACACAGGAGAAAGAAGAGGCUGCAUCAUCCACAGACCACUGACUUGCUUUGGGUUAAGGCUCUUACUUCACUCCCCAGUUGUGCUGGAUACUUGCUGUGGUCUGGCCCACCAUGGUCCUCGUUGCCACUGUCUUCUACUCUUCAGGUCCUCAAUAUUCCCCUGCGUUCCUUGGUCAGAUUCCUGUCGGUGGUCCUCCAGCCACCUCCAAUUGGCGGGCUCCUCUUCACUGCCUGCUGGAGGACUUGGGUCCGUCAGCUGCCAGAGCCUGGAGCAUCCUGUUGCCCAACUUGCUGGUGUCCCUCCUCUGCUGUCCUGCUCUGGGACUGAAAAUACCUUUCUGCCAUUUCCCUCCACCAUUCUGGAGGGAGCAGUGGCUCUGAAAGUGCUGUGGUGUCUAUGUUGCUGUGAUUGGGACUCUCUUCACAGUUGCACAGUUUUCUGUAAGUGGUGUAGUUUAGAUCGGUACUAAACAGAACACACGUUCACCCUUUGUGGUGGGGGGAGGUGGUAAAUCUUAGACCAGGUUCCACACCAACUAGUCUGUGUGCUGAACUUCUGUUUUGUUACGGGUAUAGACUGGUUUCUGAUCACUUAUACCGGUAAAAGUGCAGUGUAUGUACCUGGCCUAUGUGGGUAAGUAACAUCCUCUAAGUCACUGCAGUACUUUGAUUCUGCUGUAGUGGUGAGCGAUCAUAUCAGCCUCCUUUGAGAUGAACAUUAGUGAAAUAGCCAGCAGGAGGCACUAAAGGAGCAGCAGGAAAGUGAUGAUAACUAGUAUGUUACUGCUGCUCAUUGUAGCAGACUCAGUGACAGUGACUUGCUAUAGUACAUAGGAGCUCCAGUGGUUUGCAGACUAAAUCACAGAGCUAUUCCCAGUCCUGAGUGUCCAGUAGUUUCUAAUCAAUACUUAUUUGAUCUUGUAACCCUUGUAUAUGAGUAAUCUUUAGUUUUGUGAAUAUUCCUAAUUGAAAUCAGUGGGAUUAUUUUUAUGAAUCAAGAUUUUAUGUCAUUGUACCAUGCAACAUAUAUUUAUUGUAUGAAAAAUUGAUUGAUAUGCAACAACAUCUAAAAAUGAAUUUUAUCAACCCAGUAUCAAGAAAGUUGCCUCUUGAGACUAAACAGUCUCUCAGUGGGCUCUUACUAUCUCUAUUAUGAUGGUGUCUGAUGCCAUUUGGCAAGAUGAAACUGUACAUUCUUUCCAUUGUAUCGAAGAACAAACAUCUGAAAAGCAUCAUUAUAUUUAUGAGAUAUUGCUCUAGCACAUUUUUUAUCA